AGCGCGGCUGCUCUCCCCUGGCAGCUCUCGCGGAGGCGGUGACGUGUUCGCAUUCCGGGGUCUCGAGCGGAGAGCGACGCCGCAGCCAGGGCCGUUUCUCAGAAUGUCUGAAGGGGACAGUGCAGGUGACUCCAUUCAUGGCAAACCAUCAUCAAUCGCUAGCUUUUUCACAAGGCUUGGGCAGAUUUACCAGUCGUGGUUAGACAAGUCCACACCAUUUGCAGUGGUCCGGUGGGUUGUCGCUCUAAUUCUAACUGUCAUCUAUUUGAUAAGAGUAUAUAUACUGCAGGGAUGGUAUAUUGUUACGUACGCUCUUGGAAUCUACCAUCUCAAUCUCUUCAUUGCUUUUCUGUCUCCAAAAGUGGAUCCGUCACUACUGGACGACGCAGAUGAAGGUCCUGCAUUACCUACAAAGCAGAAUGAAGAAUUCCGACCCUUUAUAAGAAGGCUACCAGAGUUUAAAUUCUGGCACUCUGCAACGAAAGGCAUUGUGGUUGCAAUGAUUUGCACGUUCUUUGAUGCCUUCAACGUGCCAGUGUUCUGGCCUAUUCUCGUCAUGUAUUUCAUCAUGCUUUUCUGUAUCACAAUGAAGAGGCAGAUUAAGCACAUGAUCAAGUACAGAUAUCUACCAUUUACACACGGGAAGGCGAAAUACAAAGGCAAGGAAGACACAGGGAAGUCCUUUUCCAGUUAGAAUAAAUGUUACCACCUGAAAAAAAAAAAGAAAAUCCUUAACUUGGGGUGGGAAGGGACAAAAAAAAAAAAAAAAAAAAAAGUGGAAAAGAGUUUUGAUCUGUUGUGACGGUGUUGGACAGCAGACCGGUAAAAGAUUUACAUAAACAGAUUACGCUCCCCUUGAUACGAAAAGGUUCUCGCUUGUAGACAGUAUUUCAGUGGACAUUUCGGAACAGGUUUUUAUUGGAAUUAUGCAGUGUUUGCCUUCUGCCCUCCCCGUGGGGGAUGGUUCAAGCUGCUGUUGAGUGAGGUACAGAAAUGUAUUACCGGAAUUCUGCUCCUGCGUCUCUUGUCACUGUCUCAUUGGGGUCAUUCAUCUUCCAGCUACUUUCAGGGGAAAAAACCCAAUAAAACAAAAAUCAGCAUUGUAUCCACCCUUCUGGUCAGGUCAUGUGCAUCGUACCUGCCCAGUUGUUCAUUCUGUUAAAUUCUAGCACAGUGCACAUAGAUCUGUUUUGCCAAUUAUCUUGUUCUGACUUUUAAAAGCCUCACUUUUUAUUAGGAAGUAGUUCAAUUAUGGAAUCCUAUCAUUCCUAAGGAGAUUUAUUUUUUAGUGUUUGUUGCUCUUGUUCCAGGGGUCUGAGGGAUGGAAGGGGCAUUUCUCUUUUUGUUUUUAUCCUCUCCAUAUAUAUAAUAUGAUGUGAUUUUGCUGGCGUGCCAGAGGUGCAGUCGUGCUGUGAACGAUAGAGAGGGUUUGGGACGCUGCUCUUGUUGUGGAAGGGAAGAGAAACAUGGAACAAGAAAAGCAUGUGUCCGAAUCACCAUUUCACUAAAGGAUCAGAACUUUUUUUCCUGGUGAAAGUGCAUCAUGUUUUCUUAGGGGUUUUGUUCAGGGUUUAUAUAUAUUAAAAAAGGGUAAAUAGUUUUGAGAUUAUUUUGAAUGCAUCAUAUUUUGCUUUACAAACAUUACAGUUUUCAGGUGUGUUUUUUUUUUUUAAUUUAAUGUAUCGAUUUUAUUUCUUGUAAACAAUCUCAUAAAUGAAAAAGUAGCCCUUGAGCAGUAGCUUUAUAAUCCAGUUUCUUAAAAAAAAAAACAAAGAAAAGAAAUAUGUAAAAAUGCAUGUGUGAUGAUUUUUCAUGUCGUGCUCCAGGUAAAAAAAAAAAAAAAACCCAAACAUGAUUUUAUUAACUUUAUUAAGUGUAAUUUUUCACUUCAGAUGUUAUUAAAGAGACGGUGUCCCUU